CUUCUUACUGGCUUACUACUACCGUCAUCAUGGACUUGGUCGGCACCCCGGGCGACGCUAACAAUCACAAGGCUUUCCCUUUCGGCGAGACUGCAACUCCCAUUAUCAAUACCAUCGUGAAAUAUAUCUACUUGGGAUUCCUACUGUUGCAAUUCAUCCUCGCGCUGGGUAACCGUCCAAAGGGUUCGAAGUUCUCAUAUCUUGCGUCUUUCGUGGUUUUCGGCAUCAUCCAGGUCUACGUGGUUAUUGAUGCGCUGUACCUGGUGGUGCGUGCCUUCAGUGGAAGUGCUCCUAUGGAUUUCACCACAGACAAAGGCGUUGGCGAGUUCCUGAAAUCGUUCUUUUCGUCCAGCGGUGCCGGUAUCAUUAUCAUCGCCCUCGCUGCUACAUUCGGUCUCUACUUUGUGGCAUCCUUCAUGUAUCUGGACCCCUGGCACAUGUUCACAUCCUUCCCUGCCUACAUGUGUGUCCAGUCGUCAUACAUCAAUAUCCUGAACGUCUACGCUUUCAGCAAUUGGCACGACGUCUCGUGGGGUACCAAGGGUUCAGACAAGGCAGACGCUCUACCCUCUGCCAAGACCACCAAGGAUGAGGGCAAGGAGGUUGUCAUCGAGGAAAUCGACAAGCCUCAGGCUGAUAUCGACAGUCAGUUCGAGGCAACGGUCAAGCGAGCCCUAACACCCUAUGUGCCACCAGUUGAGAAGGAGGAGAAGACUUUGGAAGACUCGUACAAGAGCUUCCGAACGAGACUGGUCACGUUUUGGAUCUUUAGCAACGCGUUCUUGGCCGUUUGCAUCACCAGUGACGGCGUGGAUAAAUUCGGCUUCACGAAUUCUGCUACCGACCGGACGCAGCGUUUCUUCCAGGCUUUGCUGUGGUCCAACGCAGUCGUUGCCCUGUUCCGUUUCAUCGGAGCCUGCUGGUUCCUGGGCAAGACGGGUUUGAUGUGCUGCUUUGCCCGGCGUUAG